CUUCAUCCAUUCUCCCGGCCUUGACCUUUGCUCUCCCCCUCAAUGUCAGCCCGCCACUCGUACAUGUCACCGAUGUCUAUACCAGCAACCGACAAAGCCUCCUUGACCCACAAAGGAGGCACACCCGCCCCCUGCACGCCGCUGUUCCCCUUGCCCUCAUCGGCCUUCUCCCCACUCUCGCGACCUGUGUCGGCGUCAGCAGCGACUUUCCGCUUCUUGGCUGGCGGCUGCUGGCCGUCAGGGUCGGCUUUGAGUGGGGCGGCGGCGCUGUUGCCCCUGCUCCUGUCUUUUGUCGCUGGGAAGUGGUGCUUGAGGAAGGUCCUCACGAAGUCGGGGAAGGUGUCGUUGAGGAUGGCCUUGCGCAUGGACGUCAUGAGGGCCUUCAUGUAGUGCAGGUUGUGAAGGGUCACCAGGUGACACGCAGUCGCCUCCUGAUCACACACACAUGCACAUGCAUCCAUGACAGGGGACAGAGAGCGGUGUUUGUUUGUCGGCGUGUUGGGGUGGUAGCCCACUCACCUUGGUGACGAUUGAGUGCAGGAAGGCUCGUGUGUAGUUCUUGCAGGUGUAGCACUCGCACCCCUCGUCGAUGGGCCUGAAAUCGCCCGCAUACUCCCUCUGCUUCAGACGCAUCAAACCUGCAUCCAGCACGCACACACACGUGGCUCGCUCUCCUUUUCCCCAUCGACACAUGCACCCACCCCCAUCCACCCCCACCAUGUGUGACCAUAGCAGUGCCGAAUCUGGCCGUCCUGCACGGGUAGACGCAGUCGAACAUAUCAACACCCAACGCCACACACACCACAAUGUCCACAGGGUAGCCCACACCCAUCAGGUAGCGCGGCUUCGUCGCCGGCAAACCACUCUCGGGACGAGUGCACUGCUCACACACACCACACAGACAGACAGACAGACAGACAGUGUGAUGUCCACCAGGCUGCCUGCGAUGUCACCGCUCACCUGUUCGACAAUCCUCCAAAAGACGUCUUUCUCCUCUCCGCCCGACAGCCCCCCGAUGGCGUAUCCCGGCAGGUCCCUCUCAAUCAUGCCCUUCAGCGACACGGCCCGCAGGUCCUCGUGCAGCCCGCCCUGCACUAUGCCGAACAGGUUCUGCUCACUGGGCCUCGCGUGCGCCUUGAUGCAUCGGUCGAGCCAUCUGAAUGUGCGGUGGGUGGCCUCCUCCACUCGGUGACGGUCGGGCAGCGUGGCGCUCACCACAUCGUCCAAAGCCAUCAUGAUGUCCGCACCAAUAGCAUUCUGUGGGACCGAUACAAUGCACACACGUCAUCCAUGAGGGGGGGUUGUGCUUUGCUGUGCUGUGCUGUGCUGUGUGUCGGCACCUGGUAUUCGAUGGACUUUUCGGGCGUGAGCAGCAUGAGUGAACUGUCGACGGGUGACUGGAACUGCACGCCCUCCUCGGUGAUCUGCGCCAGCUUGAGCAGCGACACCAUCUGGAACCCACCGCUGUCGGUGAGAAGGUUCCGCGGCCACCGCAUGAACGAGUGCAGCCCUCCCGCCCUCUUGAGCACCUCACACCCCGGCCGGUUGCCGAGGUGGUAGGUGUUGCCCAGCAUGAUCUGGAAGUCAAGAGCUUCCAUCUGCACACACGACGCAGACGACACAGACAGGCAACCAUUGAGCUGAUAUGAAUCGUUUCCCUCUUGCCUUGCCUGCCUGAGUGAGUGACCUGUUCCGACGUGAUUCCCUUGAUGGUGCCUUGUGUGCCGACAGGCAUGAACACAGGUGUGUCGACAGGGCCGUGAGGGAGCGACAGCCGGGCAGCACGAGCCCGAUGGAGUCUGCCUUGCACGGCGAAGGCGAGGGCGCGGCCGGGGGGGAUGGGAGGCGCAGAUCCGCCUCCCUGCUCAUCUUCUCGAGGCCUUUUCUGCCCUCUCUGGUCCAGAUCCAUCUUCGCCCACGCCCCUUCCAAAACCCUUCGGAUCGAAGUCAU